AAGCACCAAGCUAUGGCGCCCUCAACGGUAAUUAAUAUGUUCAUAUCCGAUAUCGAACGGGCGACGAUUGCGAAGAAUCAGCAGACUAGCCAGUGAGACUUGAACCCUUGAUAGAACUCCCCGACAGUGUGUACCAUGCCACCAAAGAACAACACACUACCCCAAUGGGGGAACCAGCAGUCCAUGAACCUGAACCCGCUGAUUCUAACAAAUAUCCAAUCAUCACCGUACUUCAAGAAUGAUCUCUUUAAACUCAAGACAUACCAUGAGGUCAUUGAUGAGAUUUACUACAAGGUUUCUCAUCUUGAACCUUGGGAGCGAGGUAGCAGGCAGACGUCAGGACAGAUUGGGAUGUGUGGAGGGGUGCGUGGAGUCGGAGCAGGUGGCAUUGUUUCCUCAGCGUACUGUCUCCUUUACAAAUUAUAUACAUUGAAACUGACUCGCAAGCAGCUGAAUGGUCUACUAACACAUUCAGAUUCACCGUAUAUCAGGGCAUUGGGAUUCCUUUACAUUAGAUACAGUCAACCACCUCAGGAUCUAUGGGAUUGGUAUGAAGAAUAUUUAAAUGAUGAGGAGGAAGUUGAUAGCAAAGCUGGUGGAGGAAACUGUAUCACCAUCGGCCAAAUGUUGAUGCACUUCUUAGUCAAAUUGGACUGGCAUUCAACUCGCUUUCCUCGUAUCCCAGUUCCAGUCAUGAAGGAUAUAGAGAAUAAGGUAUCGGCAUGGCAGUACGCUCAGCGUCAGAACAACCCAGAAGAAGAAGGAGGAGGAGGAGGAGGGGAAGCAAUGGAUGAUUAUAAUACACAAGAUGAUAACAAUGAAUGGACAGCAAACGAUAAGAGAAUGGAAAGAUUCCAGGAUGAAAGAAAAUCUAGCAGAGACCGAGAUGAUGACAGCCAUAGAAGGGACAGAGAUAGACAUCGAGAUCAAGAUAGAGAUCGAGAUCGGAAUCGGGAAAGAGAUCGAGAUAGGGGGAGUAGUCGUGACAGUCAUAGGGACAGGUCCCGCAACAACAGCAGAGAUCGUUCCCGCGAUCAUGACAGACACCGCGACAGAAGCCGAGAUCUCGACUUUGAUACAGCCCUGCGGAAGGAACGCGAACGACAGACGAGAGAUCACGCCCGUGGAAGCAGCCGGGAUGACAGACAUCGACGAUCACGCAGCAGAAGUCAUGAAAGGAGAAGGCGGAGCCGCUCCAGAGAAAGGAGAAGGAGGUCUCGAUCACGAUCACGUGAUCGUCAUCGCCAUCGAAGCCGGGAUAGGAGAUAACAUGUUCUUUUUUUGUUUAAUAUGUAUGAUAUGUAUACAUGUACCUGUUAUAUGGCCGUAAGCCACUCCUUUUUAUAAUCAAAAUUCAUGUGUAUAUAUUUUUUGUAACAAGUGCACAUGUCCUGCUUAAUUACAAUAUUGUCUUGUUUGAAGACUUUUUAUACAAAUUUUGAUAACAUCAUAAAAAAGUAAUAGUAGAGCAAUAUUGACUGGCCUCGUGGCGAUACGACAUAUAUCGCCUAAACUAGAUUUAUAUCGCCGGAGUUGUAGACGAGGGUGAUAUCAAUUUAGUGAGGGCGAUAUGUGUCCUUUUGCCCCCAGGCCAGUCAAUAUUGUUAUUAUUAACCAAAUCAGACAUCUAGAGCAAAAAUCAUUAAAAUUCAGAUAUUUCAAAUCUUUAGAAUGAGAAUCUAGUUUCUCAUGUUGAGCAGACUGGGCGUCUGAACUUUACCAUUGUGACGUAAUUGAAAUGACGCGUCCCUGGCCUAGGGACACAGUAUCCAGCAUUGUCUCAACUUGAUUACCAUUAUGACGUAUAGCACUGCGCGGUUCAAGGACGCGUACAAAAGCUUGUAGAAUACCCGGAUGUUAGUGCUGCCUUUUGUUGCCCGCUACAUUUCCAUGAAUUUUCUCAUUGACUUUCCUGAGCGGACAAUAAAUUGGGCCCGUGGAUAAACAAUUGGAAUUUUAUUGACCGGCCAUUUGAUCCCAGUCUUGAACAGGCAACGAUGUUUUUCAAAGUUGCCCUGCUCAGAUGUCUGAUACGAGUAAUAAUAAAUAUUAGCGGCACAGCAAAGUAUUGACUAUCUCAAAAUAUUUGUUCAAUUUGUUGAGACAUUGAUUGUAAUGAACCUCCCCCUCAAAGUUGGUAUUUUUGUUUUAUAGUUUGACCCCCCAACAUAUUUUGCCGCUACACGGCCGCGCAAAAUGUUUUUACCGCGCAACUCGCUUUUUACUUCCAAGUCUUGCGCAUCUUUAGAGACCUUAUUUGGGUGUGCGGUUCCGAAAUUACGCAAUAUUUUGCAAGUGCAUGUCAGUCCCAAAAUUUCUCAAAAACUUGAUUACGUAUACAAAGUCAAUGCAAAUUUCGUUUUUCAUCCAAAAAUCAUAUAUGUAUGAUUAUUUUUACUUUUGUUGGUUUGGAUUUAUUUUAUGUUCUUUAUGAUCGCAAAAGGGUCCCCAACAAAGUUCAUUGAAAAAAGCAUUAAAAAACAAGGUUUGAAAAAACAAAGAAAUACAUGAGAAUUUAAUAAACAAUAAGAUACGUAGGAAAUUAAUUAUAUGUUCACCAAAAAGUAGCAUUCUGCUAGGUAUAUGAAGUGAGUUAAAGGUAAAAACAUACACAAAAAUUCCAAAAUUUGGGCAAAUUUCAUACACUUAUUUGCAUAAUUAAUAAAAAGAUAUAAGCAAUUAAUUUUUUGAAAAUUUUACUAUAAAGUCAUGUAGUUUACAUCCGGCUCUGCGCGCGUGCAAAUUUUUGCAGUGAUCGCGCAAUCAACGGCCGAGAUCUGAGGGGGGGGGGGCAAAUUGACCCCCCCAGUAUAUGUUGUUCUGAAAAAGCCCAGUUAAAGAUAGGGUUAAGGGUCAAGUAACAUAGUAUUUUAUCAUUAUAUGAAUGGUGUUUUUGUAAAUGAUUAUUUUAUAGUUGUUUUCAAAGUCAAGACUGCUUCUAAAUCCUUAAUGCAUUUUAUUGACUUGGUUCCAAACUUUAAAAACCUCUGCACUACUUAGCUUGUCUGUAUUUUAUAUCUUAUACAUUCCUAAGUAAAGAAAACAGGUUUGAACUAUGUCUGUACAGCGAGUUUUAUGUAAUCAUCCUGUGUUUUUGUAGCUUACAAAAUUCAGAGUCAAAAUUUAAUUGAGAAAGCCUGAAGCCAAAUUCUUAAUUACCACACUACAUUCAAUAUAAACUAAUUGUACAGAUCUACUUGCUAUGCCUUAAGACAAGUAAUCAGUUGAGAUUAUAUUUAUGUUAUAUUUCGUAAAUGACAACUUGUUUUUCUUCCUUUUCAAUAAACAGAUGUGGUGAGACGAAUCUCGGCAAGAUAACAAUAUUCAAACAUCAUGCUAGUAAAUUGGAAUUGGUAUGCUUGAAGUCGAGACAGGGAUAAUAAUAAUAAUAAUAUGCAAUUUCUUAUAUAGCGCUUAAUACAAAUGUUUCUAAGCGCUG